UAGAGUAAAUGUCAUUCGUAACAGCGUAGGCCGUACAUUAGCUGUAUUUUGUUAAAAGUAAUGAAUAUUUUGAAUAAAACACUUUUGUAAUGGUUUUCUGUUCGCUUCGUUCGUGCAUCAUACUUCACAUGCCGUGCCGUGAAGAUAGUUUGUUGUUUGUGAGGUGCGUGCGUGUGGUAUAAAGUCCCUUAAACCUUGAGACUCUGUUGCCGUGUUUAUCAUCGUGCGCUGAUAAUCGUCACAGCACACUCCCGUGAUCUUUGUUCACUUUUAGCAAUAUUCAACGUGUCACCAGGUGCUCCGCACAGUGGCAACCAACGAGACAAUUUGCCAACUCCACACACACAGCAUCACCACACGCAGCAGCAGAUUUUUCUCCGUUGCUCCACAAACCAUUUCGGAGCAGCUGGGUAAAGGUCAGGGUGGUGUUCUUUUUUUUUGGUGUGUGUUUGUUGUUCAUUUGCAAAGGAGUGUCGACACUAUCUGUAGCUUCUUGGUAAAACACGACCGAACACAAGACAUCCUGUUACAACAGCAACCUCCCCAGAAAAGGUGCCCGGAAGGAGUUAGUUCCGCCAUUCCGUCGAGUUGUCUUUCUUCGUGGAAAAGAAACGGAUGGCAGUGUGAGGAAACCAACAACCUCCUCCCCCUUCGUACCCAGACCCACAGGCAACAUUCGUUCAACGUAGGAGAAACGGCGAGUAAACAACAAUUAGAGUGAAAACGAACGAAAAGAAAGAAAUCAGCAAAAACACUUUCGCUCGCGCCGUAUGUGUGUGCGUAUGGCCAGCUUUAAUGAUUGUUUCUUGAAUGAAAGAGAAGUGUUUGAUAGUGAAGCGGUGAGGAGAGGAAACAAGUGAAAGAAGCGCAAAAAAAGAUCGUGCGUACAUGUGUGUGUGUGUAUGGUUUGAAAACAACAAUAACAAGUGCAACGCAGCAGCAGACAGAGCCAGCGCCAACAGUUUGUCUCGUGUUCGUGCCCGAAGCCCCAUCGUAAUGGCCGUGUGAUGAUGGAAUCCAUUGUAAGGAUUCCCGUACGCUUCAGGUGUUGUGCCGAUUGUCAGUGCUAAAAAGUCCCUUGAGACGGCUGCAGGACAUUGUCCUUACUCGCUUGUGUUUUAAUUAACGUGUGUGUGUUCAGGUGUAUUUUUGCGUUGUUUCUUUUUGUGUAAUACAAAUGUUUCGAAAGAGCAAUCCGAGUAGACAGACCGUUUCCUUUUUCAUUGUGGCAUUCAUGGAGUGGUGUUAGUGUGCUCUUAUCCUUGCUGAUCUGAUAUCCGUGCGGUGGAUACUAUUGUGUGCCAUUGUUACUCCUGUCAAAAGUGCGUUCAUCCAGAGAAAGAGAAAGCCUACUGUGUGUGGAUUUUAAUUACAAAACGAAAAGGCUCACAUCAUGGGGUUACUUUUUGCAAAAAUCUGGAGUUUAUUCGGCAAUGAAGAACACAAACUCGUCAUGGUGGGAUUGGAUAAUGCCGGCAAAACAACGAUCCUGUACCAGUUUCUAAUGAACGAAGUGGUUCACACAAGCCCAACGAUCGGUUCGAACGUGGAGGAGAUUGUAUGGAAAAAUAUUCACUUUCUCGUGUGGGAUCUGGGCGGACAGCAAAGUUUACGGGCUGCCUGGAGCACUUACUACACAAACACGGAGUUCAUCAUCAUGGUAAUAGACUCAACGGAUCGCGAACGGUUAGCGGUGACGCGCGAAGAAUUGUACAAAAUGUUGCAGCAUGAAGACUUAACGAAAGCUAGCUUACUAGUGUACGCAAAUAAGCAGGAUUUAAAAGACUCGAUGAGUGCAGCUGAAAUUUCGAAACAAUUAGAUCUAACCUCAAUUAAGAAUCACCAAUGGCACAUACAGUCCUGUUGCGCACUGACGGGCGAAGGUCUGUACCAGGGAUUAGAAUGGAUAGCUCAAAGGAUUAAGAAGAAAUGACACCCACCUGUGUAAAAUUUCUGUAGCUUUGUUGUAAAAACCCCGGGGUUGCAAUUCCAUUGCAUUGCUCCCGGAUGCGAGGAAGUGAACAGUGAAGCUGUGUAGCUUUUGUCGACUCCAUAGUUAAGCAGCGAACGGAGGGUAAAGGUAUCCUUUGCUAACUCGCGCUUUGUCUUCUUUCAAUCCUUUUGAGCCGGUGACCCAAAAGUGAGCUACUAGCAGUGGUAAUUGGAGAAAUUAACAAAAAAAAAGAACGAAGAAUCCAUCAAAUGUCUAGAACAAUCCGAGGGCGCGCGUGUGAAUUGAUAACGUAUAGGUUAGUAUGCUGCUGCUCCCUAUUCUUGGGCUAAACACACUAACACUGGUCAAAGGGUGUAAGAUAAACGAAGUAAUUAGAAUAGGAAGAAAAGUGGAAAGUGUGCUGACACGUGGAAAUGAUUUCCUGACGGACGCGUUUCGGUACCGGCUGAAUACGACUGUGAAAUAAGAUUUAAUAGUAGUAUACUAGCUUAAAAAGGGUAAAUAUAACAUACGCGAGAUAAACUGACAUCCACAUCCCAUCAAGGGGUGGAUGCAUCUAUCUGUGCUAACUGCAAACAGAACCCGAACGGCACACAGUGACAGAGCAAAAGCGAAAAAAAACCCCUCAAUUAACACCCUGAUCUAGAAGAUAAAAACUUGUAUAAAAAUAGCCAAAUGACAUCGUGGAAAAAGAUAGCAUCUGCCCCUGAAACAGACUCUUCUGAUAGCUAAAAAUUCAGGCAAAUGUAUACAAUGUUAAUAAGAGCAGGUUACUUUACAACACGCGACAGGCUGCCUGUGUGAAAAAAGCAGUGCGUUUACGAGCAAAUUCCGUACUCAGUAGCCAAAUCACUACCACACGUUAGAAUUAUGCCGAGGAUUAUGCUCGUUGCGUAAAGAGGUAAAGUGAUAGAUGAAAAGACACCGAAGCAGAACUAAUAGGUGAGAAGCAGCAAGAAGAAGGAGGUAGUGUUAGCAUUUUAUGUUUUAUGUAGCAAAAAACACCCAUUGCCAAUGUUGCAGAAUGCGCGUGUAUCAUUAAGAUUGUAUAGUUUUUAUCUUUGUUUCUUACCGUAUCAAAUCGAUUGGAUCACACAAACACAUCCCGCAACGGAAGGAAACGUUUUUUUCUGUACAUUAUGUGUGUCAGGAACCCGGAUGUGAUUGGGCUAUAUAGAAGACAAGUGUGAUUGUGUUGAGAGAAAAAUCAAAGCAAGGUGGAGUGUUAAAAUUUGUUGCCCUGACGUAGGUUAAAGUAUGUGAGAGUAUGCAUGGUGUAUAAGUACUGCUACCUAAACGAAUGAAUGAGAAAUACUUACAUUAUAUAGUUAAAAACAAAUGAAAACAAAGUAACAAAAAAAUAUAUAUAUACAUGUACGUAUCGAAAGAAUCUCGUUUAUUACGUUA